AUGGAGAGCGACCAUGAAAGUCAUGAUGAGCUUGAAAGAGGAAAGGAUGAAGAGAAAGUGAGAAAUUGGGAAAAGGAAGAGCUAGAUUUAUUGGUAACAUGUGUUCCAGAAAUGGAGGGAUUCCGUAGACGACGUGACUUUCCUGCAUUUUACCAGGUUAAUGAUGUGAAUGAUCCCAGUUUCCAGACCAUCAAAUCUGAGUCCAGGAGAAGNGCGAGACUAGGAAAGGAUGAAGAGAAAGUGAGAAAUUGGGAAAAGGAAGAGCUGGAUUUAUUGGUAACAUGUGUUCCGGAAAUGGAGGGAUUCCGUAGACGACGUGACUUUCCUGCAUUUUACCAGGUCAAUGAUGUGAAUGAUCCCAGUUUCCAGGCCAUCAAAUCUGAGUCCAGGAGAAGUACUGAAGGUAGAGGGCUAAUACUCAACAUAUUUGAAGAGUAA